GGGCGGGCGCCGGGGCCGGGUCGCGCUCGGCCGGAGCCACAAAGCCCCGCGGGGAAGGUCGCUUCUCGCCGGCUGCGCGCCUCCAACUUUUCCCUACUUUCUGCCCCGUCUGCCCAGCGCUCCCCGCCCGGCCUGGCCCCUCUCCCCGGGCUCGGUCCCUCCUCUUCUCCCCCUUCGGCGCCGCCGGACCCCUGACCCUCCGCGCCGGCUCCGCGCCGACAUCCCCGCCGCCUCGGUCCCGGGCCGGCUGCGCGGGGGAAGCCGGGCCCGGAGGCUGGGCAGGGCAGGGCUGGGCAGGGCGCGGUGGCCGGUGCGGGCGCGCGUGUCUGCGGUCCGCGGGAGCCUCCGGCCCCUCCGCGAGCUCUCGCACCUAGUCGGCGCCCUCCGGGCCGUGAUCCUCCGGCGCCCGGCGCUGCCCGAGCCCGGGAGAGCCUCGGGGCUGGCCGGGGGCGCCGCGGCCGGGCCUCCGCAGGUAUCUCCGGGCGCGCCCCGGGGGCUCCUGCCCUCCGCCUGCCCAGCCCGCCCCGCCCCGUCCCCAGCCCCCCGCCGGGGAGGAGCUGGGCUCCCGCCGCCCGCUGCCUCCGCCCCCUCCCUCGGACCCGGCCCCAGCUCCGGCCCCGACCCGCGGCAGGCAAAGGCAGGCGGGCCGGCGGGCAGGCGAGCGGCCGGAGCACGCCAGGUAGUGAGUGCCCCGCUGCGCCGCGGCUCGCCCCGCCUGCCUUAGCCCCGCUCGGGAGGGCGGAAGGACCGAGGCUACAAUGAGCAGCGCGCUGCCCGCCGAGAGAGACUGAGGAGCCUGAAUUUGCUGCGAAAAGGGUGGGAGGAAGUCCCGGGAAUGAACGGGGACGGACCCCCGGGCGGGAGUCUGUGAGCCGCGGAGCUAGAGCUCAGCCAGAGGAGAGACCUGGGCCUGCCUGCCUGCCUGCCCCCUUGUUUUAAAGCCACAGAACCUUUGUACAUGAGGAGGACCUAAGCCCAGAGAUGGAAUUUUGGUUUACGUUCCUCUUCUUGGGAAUUUUUUCAUUGUCUGAUUCCGCCCGAGGCCCUCCGAGGAUCUCCGACCGGGUGGCCCCCAGGCAGUCGGCGAGGCUGGGGAGGACCGUCAAACUCCUGUGUCCUGUGGAAGGGGACCCGCCCCCUCUCACCAUGUGGACUAAGGAUGGGCGCACCAUCCACAGCGGCUGGGCCCGCUUUCGGGUGCUCCCCCAGGGCUUGAAAAUCAAGGAAGUGGAACGAGGGGAUGCUGGGACCUACGUGUGCAAGGCCACCAACGGCUUCGGCAGCCUGAGUGUCAACUACACGCUCAUCGUGAUGGAUGAUGUCACCGUGGGGAAGGAAAACCCUGGACCCGAAGGCUCCAAUGGUGAACAGGAGGACGCAUCCGGCAAACAGUGGGCCCGACCUCGAUUCACACAGCCCUCCAAAAUGCGGCGGAGGGUGAUUGCCCGGCCCGUGGGCAGCUCUGUACGUCUCAAGUGUGUGGCCAGCGGCCACCCACGACCAGACAUCAUGUGGCUGAAGGAUGACAAGACCUUGACACCUCAGGAAGUUGGUGAGAACAAGAAAAAGAAGUGGACACUCAACCUGAAGAACCUGAAGCCUGAGGACAGUGGAAAAUACACGUGCCGGGUCUUUAACCGUGCUGGCGAGAUCAACGCCACCUAUAAAGUGGAAGUUAUCCAGCGGACCCGCUCCAAGCCCAUCCUGACGGGCACCCACCCCGUGAAUACCACCGUGGACUUCGGCGGGACGACGUCCUUUCAGUGCAAGGUGCGCAGUGACGUGAAGCCCGUGAUUCAGUGGCUCAAGAGGGUCGAGUAUGGCACAGAGAGCAAGUACAACUCCACCAUCGACGUGGGCGGCCAGAAGUUUGUCGUGCUCCCCACGGGCGAUGUGUGGUCCCGGCCCGACGGCUCCUACCUCAAUAAACUCAUGAUCACCCGCGCCCGGCAGGAGGACGCGGGCAUGUACAUCUGCCUGGGAGCCAACACGAUGGGCUACAGCUUCCGAAGUGCCUUCCUCACUGUGCUGCCAGACCCCAAGCCCCACAGUGGCCCAGCGGCUCCCUCGUCCACCAGCAGCCUGCCUUGGCCAGUGGUGAUUGGCAUCCCGGCCGGCGCCGUCUUCAUCUUGGGCACCGUGUUGCUGUGGCUGUGUCAGACCAAGAAGAAGCCGUGCUCCCCGCCCCCGGCGGCGCCAGGCCACCGGCCGGCUCCUCGGGACCGAGCCGGCCUGGCUGCCAUGCCUGACAAGGACUGCCUGACCUCAGGACACUAUGAGGAUUACGGGGUGGGCGGUCAGCCGCAGCUGCCCCCACCAGCACAGCAGCACCUGCUGGGCCAGGGCCCAGGACCCACCACCAAGCUGUACCCUAAGCUCUAUACAGACAUCCACACCCACACGCACACCCACUCCCACUCCCACGUGGAGGGCAAAGUUCACCAGCACAUACAUUACCAGUGCUAGGUGGUGGCGGCCAAGGCGGUGGGUUUCGAUAGCCCGGCUCUACAUAGCGGCAGGGGGGCGAGCGAGGCCCCUUGGGGGGGGGCAUCCCUGCCGGGACCCAUGCAGACCCCUCGUGGGGCAGGAGGUGCAGAGAGAAGAGCCACCGAGAUGUGGAGGGAUGCCGAGGGAGCUCCAGGAGAUGGAUGUGGACAGACUGAUGCAGAUGCAACUUCUAAGACAGAGAUCCAGAGGGACUCAUAGAGCUACAGAAACAGACAUACACAGCCUCAGAAAGAGAGAAUCUAUAUAAAGAGUUCUAUUUUUUUGUGACAUUGCAGUGAACCUAUAGUGAUGGAAUAAUGAAGGAAUCAUCCUCCCCCCCCCCGCCCCCUCUUGCUCCAAGGCAAUUAUCCUUGAUUGAUGCUUUAUUCAUUUCUGCCCCAUCCCAGACCCCUCUCUCCUCACCCCUGGCACGGUGGGUGCUUUGUCAGAGGGUUCUUGGCUUUAAAGAAACAAAAGAUGCCCCGUGUCCCUUUGUCCCCACUCUGUUCUGUGGCCAAAGCUGUAGAUACAAGGAAGGGGUUUGGUCCCCUGUGUGGAGCAAUGUGCCCUGCCUGUGUUGGGGCCAGACAGCAGAGGAGAGCUACCUCCGGCCUCGGAGCCUGGGAUGGGGUGGAGGUAGGGGUCCUGGGAGGUGGGCCCCUCUGCUAGCCUCCAAUGUGCACCAUCAUCCAUUGGGAUCUCCAGACCUCCCCUGCCCCUUCCCCCCACAAUCCCCUUUGCUAUUUAUAUUUAAGAAAUUAAGAAAAUAAUAAUAAUAUUAAUAAUAAUAAUAAAAAGGAAAGCCUUCCUGAGAAUGGGCCAUGGCCCCCCGGGGUCAGCAGUGCAUCCCUUGGUGAAUGGCCAUCCAUCCUAGAGAUUGCGCCAGCUGAUGACCGCACCCAAGAAGGGUAACCUUGGGCUGCCCAUUGAGAGACAAGGCAGAGCCAUUGAAAAAGAUGCUGGGCCUGUUUGCCCACCUCUUCUCCCUAAGCUGGAGCUGGGCGUUAAUACAAAGAAAACCUCCUGUUCAGCCUGGAGAGUAUCUAAGCAGGGGCUAUGUAUGUUUAAUUUAUUUUGUUUAAUGUGGUCAAACAAAGUACAUGCUUUUCCUACAAGCAAGUUUUUCCCUCUGUCCAUCUGCCAAGCUAGAAAGGCAGGCCUAUUUGGGGGUUCGCCACCCCUGGGAGCGAGCGUGGAACCAGCCAGUGGGUUCAUCCCCUCUGAACCGUGGGGAACGACAGGGGAAGUAAGCUCCAGGCCAGGACUGAGGAUCUGAAUCUGGCCAAAGGCUUUGCCUCCUCAGUCUUUCCCUUUCCCUUCCUCGACAAACAAAAAUUAGGCAAGUUUGGAUUUGGGAAAUUUGUGUGACUAUGAUUCUUAAAGAAAAGUUGUUAGCCAUCUCCUAACCCCCAGUCCUGGAGGAGAGUUGGCCAGGGUAGGGGAAGAGAAUGCAAGUGGGAAUGUGCGUGUGAUUGGGGUGGGGGGGUGCGGCUGGGGCUUAGCCACUAGCUAAGGGUUUGAGGACCCAUUCUACAUGGACUAAGCCCCCCAAAGGGAUGCUACUGAAGCCAAGGCAGGUGCUCUGCCAUCUACCAGGAUCCCAGUGCUAGAUCCAUCUCCCACCAAGGCUGCAGUCCAGACCCUAAAGAGAGAGAAGGUUUCUUCCUUCCCCCCUUUCUGAGCCAUGCUGCUACCUUCCCCCAGUACCUUUUCAUCUAUCAACUUAUUGCUCCUCAGAACAUCCCUGUGGGGUAUGUGUUAAUCUCCCCAUUUUUCAGACAAGGCUGCUGAGACCUAGAGAGGGACUGAGGUCAUAUAGCCUGCUUUGUCAGAAGGAGCUUGGAGCCAGACCGCAUAGUCCAGACUUCUCCCCUAAUAUCCAAAAAUGUCUAAGAAAGAAGAAAAGUAGCUAAGACCUGAGAUUAUUCUGAUCGUGCCCCUGUUUCCUCCUGACCUCAGCCUCCCAUAUCCCACUCUUCGCUGCCUUGCCCCAGGUUUUAGGAUGGUGCUGCUAAAAUUGUCAUAAGCAUCUGAACCCUUGAAAAGAGACAGACUUGGGGCUCGGAGGCUGAGGUGGGAGGGGCAGGCUGAGAUCCUAGGAAAAUGGGGAGGAGGGGCCCAUGUUUUUUUAUCCAAAAUAUUUCAAGAGAAGAGAAUGUAUCAAAAGGCUUAAGCAGGCAAGGGGUACCCAGGAAGCCCUCCCCGUAGCUGCUGACAACUCAGGCAGAUUGUACUAGUUCUUAGUCCAGGGCACAAGGGGAACCCAUAGCAUGGGAGAGUUUUGUCUGACCAUCAGUUACCCUUAGUCUCUUCUGGCCAAUCUGUUGCACCCUAAACAUGAAGUUAAAAUGUUGUCUGUAUGUACGUGUGUAUGUGUAUGUAUGUAUGUAUAUGUAUGUGUAUGUGUUUGUGUAGGUAAGCCCCACCAUCCGUGUUGAGACAAUCGUGUACAGUUGGCCCCUUCCUGUUCGAUGAAAGCUUUAUUGAACAUUUAUCAAUAAAUGCGUGAAGCUAUGUUGCCUUGGGAGUAUUUUUAUUAUGGGAGAGGGAAGGCUCUUUGUGGGCUGAGUUGAAGGGGACUGACCCAGCUUAAACAGUUUUAUGCUGCAGUAGCAAGAACUUUGAUUUAGUCUGAGGAUCUGCAUUUGAAUUUUGGUACUACUUUUAGAGAAAAUAUCUUUCCCUCUAUGAGCUUCAGCUAACCCAAAAUCUGGGUACCUCUACUUCCCAGGACAAGGGAUAAUAAUUUCAUUGCCAGGAUUUAAGUUCAAGGUUCUCGCUCCAAAUCUAGUGCUUCUAUUCUUACAUUCUGAGUAAAUCCCUUCUUGUCUCCAUUUCCCUACGAUCAAGACAUCCCUGUAAUAAAAAAUGAGGAAAAGAGAGAAUGGCAGAACCGAUUAUAACAAUGUUUGCAGUUUUCUGCCUCCACAAUCUCCCACCUUUGCCAAGAAGGGAAGGAAAUAUUUUUGUGGUUUCAAUUCCACGCUUCCAAAUCCUAAUUGCUCAAUAUCCAGGAUAUUUUUGGUUUCAUUUCUAUUGCUGUAUAUUGUUUUCCUCUCUUUGCUAACUUCACUGUACCAGUUCAUGUAAGUCCUUGAUUUCUUCAUGACUAUUAUUCUUUCCUAAUUAAUUUCCAUUACAUUCAUGGACCCUGAUUUGCUUAACCA